AUGAAUGUGAAGGAAGUCAUUCAAAUCAUACAGUAUAGCGGAUUUGUUUCUGCUCAAAUUAUUAAUGUCGUUCUUCUAUACUUAUUGUUUUUCAAAGCAAACAAAAAACUUGGAAAAUACCGUGUUCUAAUGAUUGUUUUCUCCAUUUUUGGUAUGAUGUACUCGUUGAUCGAGGUUUUGACAUUUCCGGUUAUGUUCUGUAAGGGGAGAUCGUUGUCUAUCUGCUCGGAUGGGCCUUUUACUUUAAAGAAAUCAAUUGGAUUUCCAUUGAUAGCUGUGUACUGUGCCUCAUUUGGAAUGUGCAUAUCUUUAUUGGCUCUUCAUUUUUACUACCGAUACAUUGCAGUCUGCAGACCUGACAAACUUUUCUACUUUGACGGAAACCGCAUCUUAUAUUGCCUGUCUCCGUGCUUUCUGAUUUUCUUCGUUUGGACAUUAAAUGUAUUUCUGUUUAUGAAACCAGACCAAGAAAAAGAGGAUUAUUACUAUGAUGUUUUAAUGGAUGGCUACGGCAUAGACUCCCACAAAGUUUCAUUCUUAUCAAUGAUGUAUAAGUCACCAGACACUGAUACCACGCCAGCCCAUUGGAAUCUUUUUCAACUUUUUGGCCUAGCAAUUUGUUGUGUUAUUAUGACGUCAUGCUUCUCAAUAAUCAUUUUUUGUGGCUUCAAAUCUUGGAAACAAAUGAAAAACUGCACAACUCAAAUGAGCAAGAAAACUAGAGAACUUAAUCGCCAGCUUUUCUUAACACUCGGAAUACAGACGCUGCUCCCAUUGAUAACAAUGUAUCUACCUGGCGGAUGUUUCAUUCUUCUCCCGGCUUUUGGAAUAGAGCUUGGAGCUAAUGCCAACCAAACUGGAGCGUUCAUUGGAGUAUAUCCUGCUCUAGAUCCCUUUAUUGCAAUAUUUUUAAUCAAAGACUUCAGAAACUAUGUUUUCUGUAAAUCACUCAAACUCAGCAGAAUAUCAACAGCUACCGAAAACACUAAAAAAUCCCAAUCAAAUAUGAAUGCAUUAUAAUACUUUUAAACUUUAUUAUUUAUUGUAUAGAA